AUGAGGUGCGAAUUUCCGAUGAUCACCAGAUGCUGCUUCUGCUUCCCGCUAAGGCUGGGCUUGCUCGUUUGGGCGUAUAUAAAGACGAUAUCCUCCGCUGUGUUGCUCUCGUUUUUGUUGGUCGUUGUAAUUGAAGACUGUAUCCGGUAUUCUCGUGCAAUUAUGUUUUCUUUGUUAACUUUCUACAUUCCAAUAUGGUCGAUAUUAUCUAUGGACAUAAUAUUUCAUAUAAUAUUUAUAAUAAGUGCUCACAAGAAAGAACACAGGAAAAUGAGGGUCUUCUUCAGAUACAGUAUAUUUAGCCUUAUAAUAUACAUAUUAGGAUUGAUUAUGACGAUAUCUCUGUUCUUCAUAGAAUCGUUUAUUUUUUAUGUAUUUUUCUUUGGAUUUUUUCAAAUGGCUAUAUUUUUGUGGAUAAUAAUUAUUCAAAUGUACGUGUUAAUUCUGGUGCGGAGUGAAGUUGUGAAGCUGGAGAGGAACUCUAACUUUGAGUUCGUGAACCACGCGGCAGAGCCCGGUGCUACGAAGGAGGACUUAAGGAGUGUGGAAGAAUUACAAUAU